AUGUUUGAGAACAAUCUUCCUGAUUGGAUAGCACUCCCUCCGGUUACCGAGCCCGAUUGGAACCAUUGCCUGCAGAUACUCGAGGGCCAUGCCAGCAUGGUCUGCUCAGUUGCUUUCUCACAUGACUCUACACUAAUAGCGUCGGCAUCAGGUGAUAAGACGGUCCGUGUCUGGCGUGUUAAUACAGGCGAAUGUUUACGGGAGCUCAAGGGUCAUGACGACUGGGUUAGCUUGGUUGCUUUCUCGCACGACUCUUCUUUGAUAGCAUCAGCAUCAGGCGACAAGACAGUUCGGCUCUGGCCAUUGAUAGCAUCGGCAUCAUACGACAAAACAAUCCGGAUAUGGCACUCAGAUACAGGCAAUUAUAUUAAAUUGUUUGCAGGGCAUAGUAGCUCAAUCACAUCAGUCAGGUUCCCACACAACUCAGCCUUGAUAGUUUCAUCGUCAUACGAUACCACGGUCCGUGUCUGGCGUGUCAACACUGGCGAGUGUAUACAUAAGCUUGAAGAUCAUAGUAGAUCAGUCAGCGCAGUUGCCAUCUCACACGACUCUGUCCUGUUAGCGUCAUCAUCACAUGAUAGGACGGUCUGGAUCUGGCACAUUGAUACAGGCAAAUGUGUUAAAAUACUUACAGGCCACCGUGAUUGGAUUAGCUCUGUCACCUUCUCCCACGACUCUGCGCUAAUAGCGUCAGCAUCUGGCGAUAAGGUAGUUCGGCUCUGGCAUGUUAACACUGGCGAGUGUUUGCAGGAACUAAGAGGACAUGGCGAUUGA